CUCGUGCAGGAAUCACCCAACAACAGCAAGAACAACUUCAGGGUGAUAGCUCAGUGCACAGAGUGAUUGAAUUGUGCUUUCUUUGUUCAGUAAUGUCUGAGGAAGUGACCUAUGCUACUCUCCAAUUUCCAAAUCCUUCUAAGUCAAAGAAACUCAAGGAAAGCUGCAGUCUCAAGAGAACAGAACUGGAGCUGAAUGGUGCGGCUGACAACAGACCAGAGGCAGCUAAGAGUGCAUUUGAGGCGGCAGAGACCAGAGCCGCGAGAGGACAUUCUAAUCCAUGGAAAGUGUGGGUCAUUGUGGCUUUCACUGUGCUGAUGCUGAACUUGGCAGUGAUGGCUGGACUGGGAACCCUGAUAUUAAUGGAUUACCAAAAACUCUUCUUCAGCAACAGACCAGAAUAUGACAAGCCACAGAACAUAACAGGACAGUGGGAGAAAAAUAUAACAUUAUACCUGGAUAUGUAUAAAAAUAUCUCAAGUGAGCACAUUUUUUUCAAAAAUAUGUUAAAAAACGCAUUACAAGAGUUGAAAGAGUACGCCUCAAAAUGCCACGAGAGAUUAAAGCAGCAGAACAGUGACCUCAGAUGUUGCUCAUGCUCAAAGGAAUGCAAAUGUCAGAAUGAGAGCAAAAGUAAUUCCUCCUCCCUGGGAUGUGACAGUGAGAUAUUUGGGAAUAGAACUCAGCUGCUCAUUACAUGUCUCCCAUCACCAGUCUCCUGGAAGGAUCUGAACUGUACGUGCGCCAAGAUAAAAAAAGAUGGCAGAUAAUGUUUCAAAAUUUUAUAAUUUGACCUGUUUGGCACCUUUAUAAAUGUUUCAAGUGCUGAAACAGCGAAGUAUGAAGUAUUCAAUGGAAAUUAAGCAAUUGGAAAAUUUCAUGACUCUAGUAGUUAAUAUUUGUGAAAACAAAGUAGAUAUGCCACAUUUUUAGUCUUAGGUAAACACAGAUUUAUAGCUUAUUAUAUUACAAAAUGUAAAUAUCACAUGCAAGCUGAAAGUAUGCAAAAAGACCAAUCUCAGAAUCAAAGGAAAAAAUUUUGUUUUGUGACCUGAAAUUUUUUUCUCAAGACAUUAAAACUCUAUUACUUUUGAUUAUAAGUAAAUAUGGAAAUAAGUAUAGUGAAAUUAAUAUUAGUUAGUACAUUAGAACUUGUAAUAUUAGAAACAUUGAAAAUUAAAGUGGUUUAUUUCAUUUUUUUAAGAGUAGCAUGAACAAUGGAGCAACUUCUUCUGUGGUCCAACUUACUAAGCAUAUUGAAUAUCUUUUCCAUGCCUUAGCAAAUUGCCAUACUCUUUUCUAGGUUGGGAUCAGCUUUUAACAUUUACUCUGUGGUCUUAAAGACAUGAAAUAUUUUCAAGAGUUCCUUCCAUGUGAUGUUUUUGGCUGUCAUUACUUCCUUUAGGUGUCUUAGUCUUCUUCACUGCAACUACAUUUCUUAUUUAUGUCAAUACAUUUCCUUUAGUAAGGUCCUCUGAAUGCAUAUCAAGACUCUGAAAUGAUGGCAGUGUCAAUAUUUCUCUGGUUAGCUUUCCCUUCUUUAAUUGUGCUAGAUUCUUAUCUGCACAGUGUGGUAAAAAAGUUCCUAUCAUACUUCUUUCACUAUUACUUCCUGUUAGGAUGCUUGAAUAUUUUCAGUGGUACGCUUAACAUCUUUUUUUGUUGUUGUUUUAACUCAGCUAAAGAAAUUACAUGAUGUAGAGUCAAUAGCCUGUCCAAAUGUCCAUAAAGAAUAAGAUUUUAGUGUCUGAUGAAGAGAAUCUCAAUAUCAUUAGCUAUCAGAGAGAUGCAAAUUAAAAGCACAAUGAGAUAUCACUGUACACCGGUCAGGAUGGCUAUCAUAAACAAAGCAACAAACAACAAAUGUUGGAGAGGUUGUGGGGAAAAGGGGUCCUUAGUUCACUGUUGGUGGGAUUGCAGACUGGUGCAACCAUUAUGGAAAACAGUAUGGAAUUUUCUCAGAAAAAUAAAAAUUGACCUGCCUUUUGACCCAGCAAUUCCACUGCUAGGAUUA